UUGCUGGGGCGGCGGCGGCGGCGGUUGCGGCUGUUGCGGAGCACGGGCGGUGCGCGGCUCUGCCCGGGCUCGCAGGGCGGAUAGAGCGGGGCCGGCGCGGUGGAGCGGGGCCGCCAUGGGCUCCCAGGUGCUGCAGAUCCUGCGCCAGGGUGUGUGGGCGGCGCUGAGCGGCGGCUGGUACCAGGACCCGCACCAGGGCGCGGGAGUCAACGCUCUGCACCUCUACCUGUGGCUCUUCCUGCUCGGCUUCCCCUUCACCCUGUACAUGGCUCUUCCUUCUUCCAUGAUGAUAGUAGCUGUCUACUGCCCGGUGAUAGCAGCUCUCUUUAUCGUUUUGAAGAUGGUGAAUUACCGUUUGCACAGGGCACUGGAUGAGGGAGAAAUUGUGGAGAGGAAUGCCAGUGAGCAUAUGGAUAGAGGUGCAAAAACAGAACAAAGCAAUGUUUCAGCCAAGAGGAAAGACAGCAAUGGGCCCAGUGAUCCUGGUGGAGGGAUUGAGAUGUCAGAGUUCAUACGAGAAGCAACUCCCCCUGUUGGCUGUAGUUCACGCAAUUCUUAUGCUGGGAUAGAUCCAAACAACCAGGUUGGAUCUGGGUUAUCUCGUCUGGGAACAGCAGCAACUAUCAAAGGUGAUACUGACACUGCCAAGACCUCUGAUGAUAUCAGUUUGAGUCUUGGCCAGAGUUCUAGCCUAUGUAAAGAAGGGAGUGAAGAACAAGAUCUGGCAGCUGAUCGGAAGCUUUUUCGUCUGGUAUCGAACGACUCGUUUGUCUCCAUCCAACCUUCAUUGUCCUCUGGACAGGAUUUGCCAAGGGACAACAGUGACAAAGUGUGCCUCUCGAACAACCAGCUUGUGGACCAGUCUAAAACCAGUGCAUGUGACACAGAAGUAGCUUCGCUUGUAACUCUGCAUUCUCACUCAUAUAGGAAGGAUCAUAGACCACGAGGUGUACCAAGGACUUCUAGCUCUGCUGUUGCUUUUCCAGAUGCUUCACUAAAUGACUUCCCUCUCUAUCAGCAAAAACGAGGACUAGAUCCUGUCAGUGAAUUAGAAGCUUCCAAGCCCCCUUCUGGAUCCAGAGAGUCUUUGGGUGAGAACUCUUGCAUUUCAGGAGUUUUUCAAUUAGAUGACAUUCUGAAAAGUAGCAGCCCUCAACCAUUGACUAAGAGUGGGAAGAGCAAAUCCUUGAAAGCAGACAAAAGUAUGGACAGUCUGAGAAGCCUGAGUACUAGAAGCAGUGGUUCAACAGAAAGCUACUGCAGUGGGACUGAUCGCGACACUAACAGUACCAUCAGUAGCUAUAAAAGUGAACAUACUAGCUCAACGCAUAUAGAAAGCGUGUUGUCAGAGCACGAGGAGGAGUCUCCUAGAGAAGAGGAAAAGGGUGGUAAGAAAAAAGACUGUGGUAUUGACUCAGAGGAUGACAGUAGUUCUACUACGGAUAAAAGGACUAGUAGUGAAAGGACUGCUGUUGAAGUGAGCACUAUUGGUGGUGUUCAAGAGGUAAAGGGUUCUAAUGCAUCUGACGAGAUGCACAGCCAGAAAGGUCUUGGUGCCUCUGCUUCGGAAGAGGCCAAUAAGAACCCCCAUGCCAAUGAAUUGACUAUACAAACUGACAGGCCGCUUGGGAAGGCUGCUGAACAAAGAGAUGAGCAAAGUGAGAAACUAGUUGUGUUAGUAGAUUCAAGAGCUUCUAAAGAAACAAGUGGAAAACAAAAAGAAGGAGAUGUUCGACCAAAAUCUUCUAGUUUAAUACAUCGAACAGCCUCUACCCACAAGUCCAGCCGGAGAAGGACAGGAAAAAAGCGGGCUAGUAGCUUUGAUUCAAGUCGGCACAGGGAAUAUGUUUCCUUCCGAGGUGUAUCUGGUACUAAGCCUCACAGUGCUGUGUUUUGUCACGAUGAGGACUCCAGUGAUCAAAGUGACUUGAGCAGGACAUCAAGUAUGCAGUCAGCUCACCAGUUCAGCAGUGAUAGCUCUUCCAGCACCACCUCCCAUUCAUGCCAGUCUCCUGAGGGAAAGUACAGUGCUCUAAAGACCAAAUACGUUUCUAAAGAACGUGGGGGCACAGACCUUGAAAAUGCUCACAAAACCCACGUAAGCUCUGAAGGAAUUAGCAAAAAAAGAUCUACACGACGGACUUCUAGCACAAACAGUGCCAAGAAUCGUGCCAGAGUUUUAAGUCUGGACAGUGGUACUGUAGCUUGUUUGAAUGACCCAAAUAGUUUAAUGGCACCAGGUAACAUAAAACAGUUAACCACUUCAAAAUCUGAUUUGGAAGCCAAAGAAGGAGAGGUGCUAGAUGAGCUAUCUCUGUUGGGAAGGGCUUCACACUUAGAGUCAGUCACUCGUUCUAGGAAUAGCUUACCAAACCAGGCUACAUUUCCUGAAGGGGAAGAGCAAGAAUCAGCAAGUGGAGCAGCACAAGCCAGCGAGGAGACUGUCACAUUUCGUCGUGAGCGCAGCACAUUUAGGCGUCAGGCAGUACGACGCCGGCACAAUGCAGGGAGUAACCCUACCCCUCCUACAUUGCUCAUCGGAUCACCCCUCAGCCUUCAAGAUGGUCAGCAAGGCCAGCAGUCCUCCCAGGUCAGAGUGCAGUCCCGCCCCCCUUCCCAGGCAGCUGUGCCCGGCGCUAGCGCCUCCUUGCUGGUGAGAAAUGGGAGUGUCCACUUAGAAGCAUCACAUGCCACUGCAUCUGCUGUAGGCGGUAGCAGUUUGCACGAUGAACUUGGUAAGUUCAGUUCUACGCUCUACGAGACAGGGGGCUGCGACAUGUCACUUGUGAACUUUGAGCCAGCUGCAAGAAGAGCAUCCAACAUCUGUGACACGGACUCUCACGUAUCGAGUUCUACCUCAGUUCGCUUUUAUCCGCAUGAUCUACUUUCUCUUCCUCAGAUCAGGUUGAACAGGCUGCUAACAAUGGAUACAGAUCUGCUGGAGCAGCAAGAUAUUGACCUGAGCCCUGACCUUCAGGACCACAUGCAACCUCAAGAGGAAGCAGCUCAAAAAGUCAAGCAGUACUAUCGCUUUUGGAUCCUGCCUAAGCUUUGGAUUAGCAUCAAUUUUGAUAGAUUAACUCUUCUGGCUUUAUUUGAUAGGAAUCGUGAGAUCCUUGAAAAUGUAUUAGCUGUCAUCCUAGCUAUUCUAGUUGCAUUUCUGGGCUCUGUACUUCUUAUAGAGGGCUUUUUCAAGGAUAUUUGGGUCUUCCAGUUCUGCCUGGUAAUAGCCAGUUGUCAGUACUCGCUGUUGAAGAGUGUUCAGCCAGAUUCUUCUUCCCCUCGACAUGGUCACAAUCGUAUCAUAGCCUAUAGUAGGCCUGUAUAUUUCUGUUUAUGUUGUGGUCUUAUUUGGCUGUUGGAUUAUGGCAGCAGAAACAUAUCUACAACAAGAUUCAGGUUGUAUGGAAUGGCUUUCACCAACCCAUUACUGCUGCUGUCAGCCAGGGACUUAGUUAUAGUGUUUACACUAUGUUUCCCUAUAGUAUUCUUCAUUGGUCUCCUGCCUCAGGUGAAUACAUUUGUGAUGUAUCUCUGUGAACAGCUGGACAUUCAUGUCUUUGGUGGCAAUGCUACCACAAGCCUGCUUGCAGCACUUUACAGUUUUAUCUGUAGUAUUGUGGCAGUAGCAUUGUUGUAUGGACUGUGCUAUGGUGCCCUGAAGGAUUCCUGGGAUGGGCAGCAUAUUCCAGUUCUUUUCUCCAUAUUUUGUGGUUUGUUAGUGGCAAUAUCGUAUCAUCUCAGCAGACAAAGUAGUGAUCCUUCUGUACUUUUCUCUUUAGUGCAAUCAAAAUUUUUUCCUAAUUCUGAAGACAAAAACCCUGAGGAUCCUCUGUCUGAAGUAAAAGAUCCUUUACCUGAGAAGCUUAGAAAUUCUGUGAGUGAACGAUUGCAGUCUGACCUGAUUGUGUGUAUAGUCAUUGGUGUACUCUAUUUUGCAAUUCACGUCAGUACAGUAUUUACAGUUUUACAGCCUAUUUUAAGUUAUGUUCUUUAUGCAUUGGUGGGUACAGUAGGCUUUGUGACCCAUUAUGUUCUGCCUCAACUUCGAAAGCAACUUCCUUGGCACUGCUUUUCUCACCCACUGCUGAAAACCAAGGAAUACCAUCAGUUUGAAGUCCGAAAUGCUGCACAUGUUAUGUGGUUUGAGAAACUUCACAUUUGGCUCCUUUUUGUAGAGAAGAAUGUUAUCUAUCCACUGAUAGUCCUCAAUGAGCUUAGUAGCAGCGCUAAGAAUAUUGCUAGUCCAAAGAAACUGGAUACUGAGUUGGGUGCUUUAAUGAUCACAAUAGCUGGCUUGAAGUUACUGCGUUCAUCAUUCAGUAGCCCAACGUGCCAGUAUGUCACUGUUAUUUUCACAGUGCUCUUCUUUACUUUUGAUUACAAAAGUUUUACUGAGACCAUGCUGCUAGAUCUGUUCUUCAUGUCCAUACUCUUCAGCAAGCUUUGGGAACUCUUUUAUAAAUUGAGAUUUGUAUAUACCUACAUUGCUCCAUGGCAGAUCACCUGGGGAUCUGCCUUCCAUGCUUUUGCUCAGCCCUUUGCUGUGCCACAUUCUGCCAUGUUGUUUGUCCAAGCAGCUGUGUCAGCUUUCUUCUCUACUCCACUGAAUCCUUUUCUGGGAAGUGCAAUAUUCAUCACUUCAUAUGCCAGGCCUGUCAAAUUCUGGGAAAGAGAUUACAACACAAAGCGUGUGGAUCAUUCAAAUACUAGACUGGCUUCGCAGCUUGAUCGGAAUCCAGGUUCAGAUGAUAACAACCUGAAUUCUAUCUUCUAUGAACAUUUAACCCGUUCCCUUCAGCACAGCUUAUGUGGAGACUUGUUGUUGGGUCGCUGGGGAAACUAUAGUACUGGGGACUGCUUCAUCCUAGCCUCUGACUACCUCAAUGCACUAGUACACCUUAUAGAGAUAGGAAACGGCUUGGUCACCUUCCAGCUGAGGGGGCUUGAAUUCAGAGGAACUUACUGUCAGCAACGAGAAGUAGAGGCCAUCACUGAAGGUGUAGAGGAAGAUGAAGGUUUUUGUUGCUGUGAACCAGGCCACCUUCCUCACAUGCUUUCCUUUAAUGCUGCCUUUGGGCAGCGUUGGCUGGCUUGGGAAGUGCUUGUGACAAAGUAUGUUCUGGAGGGUUACAGCAUCACUGACAACAGUGCAGCUUCCAUGCUUCAAGUCUUUGAUCUCCGGAAAAUUCUCACUACUUACUAUGUGAAGGGAAUCAUCUAUUAUGUCACGACAUCCCCCAAGCUAGAGGAGUGGUUAGCUAACGAGACAAUGCAGGAAGGACUGCGGUUGUGCACAGACCGCAAUUAUGUUGAUGUAGACCCAACAUUUAACCCCAAUAUUGAUGAGGAUUAUGACCAUCGUCUGGCGGGGAUCUCAAGAGAGAGCUUCUGUAUGAUAUAUUUGAACUGGAUAGAAUAUUGCUGCUCUCGAAGAGAAAAGCCACUGGAUUCAAGUAAAGACUCACCCCUAGUGACAUUGUGUUAUGGACUGUGUGUUCUGGGGCGGAGAGCAUUGGGAACAGCUUCACAUCAUAUGUCUAGUAAUCUGGAAUCCUUCUUGUAUGGCCUGCAUGCCCUGUUUAAGGGUGACUUCCGUAUAUCGUCAAUUAGAGAUGAAUGGAUCUUUGCUGACAUGGAAUUGCUGAGGAAAGUAGUGGUUCCUGGCAUUCGGAUGUCACUUAAGUUACAUCAGGAUCACUUCACUUCUCCAGAUGAAUAUGAUGAUCCUUCUGUCCUUUAUGAAGCUAUAACAACCCAUGAAGAAAAUCUAGUUAUAGCACAUGAAGGGGACCCUGCUUGGCGGAGUGCAGUUCUUUCCAAUUCUCCGUCCCUUCUUGCUCUGCGUCACGUGAUGGAUGAUGGCACCAAUGAAUAUAAAAUCAUCAUGCUAAAUAAGCGGUAUCUCAGUUUCAGGGUCAUUAAGGUGAAUAAGGAGUGUGUGCGUGGCCUGUGGGCAGGGCAACAGCAGGAGCUUGUCUUCCUGCGUAAUCGUAAUCCAGAGAGAGGAAGUAUCCAAAAUGCUAAACAAGCUCUGAGGAACAUGAUUAACUCCUCUUGUGACCAACCAAUUGGAUACCCAAUCUAUGUCUCACCUCUGACUACUUCUUAUUCAGACAGUCAUGAACAGCUAAAGGACAUUCUUGGAGGAGCCAUCAGCUUAGGAAACAUCAGAAACUUCAUAGUGUCUACAUGGCACAGACUAAGGAAAGGCUGUGGAGCUGGCUGCAAUAGUGGUGGAAAUAUUGAAGAUUCAGAUGCUGGAGGUGGAGCUUCUUGCACAAGUAAUAAUGCAACUAUCAAUGAGUCACAGAGCAGCAUGUCACAAGGAGGAGGGAAUGCAACUACAGGGCAGGGACCUGGAGCAGUACAGCACCCUCCUGUUGCAGCUCAUCCCACAACUUUUCCUGCAGCUCAUCCACCAACUCAUCCCUCCACUCUGGGCACCAGUCACAGCUCUCACUCUGUGCAGUCCAGCCUUGUCAGACAUUCCCCUGCCCGUGCCUCAGUAGCUAGCCAUUCAUCUUAUUGCUACGGCAGUCGUCAUUCAUCUCUUCGCACAUCCACAACAGGCUUUGUGCCUUGUCGGCGCUCUUCCACCAGUCAGAUAUCCCUUCGUAACCUCCCAUCGUCCAUCCAGUCCCGCCUAUCUAUGGUGAACCAAAUGGAACCUACUGGCCAGACUGGGGUCAGCGUGCAGCAUGGACUGCCCUCUUCUAGCAGCUCCAGCCAAAGCAUCCCAGCCUGUAAACAGCAUGCCCUUGUGGGCUUUCUAGGGACAGAAGGAGGGAGUAAUGCAGCUGAAACUCAGUCAGGUGGCAAUGCAAGCCCUGCAAAUCAAAUGCAAGCCAAAAAGGAUGACGUUAUUUACAGAAUCCAGUUAAUGGAUCCCAGUCAAGUACUGGAAGGGAUCAACGUGUCAAAAAGGAAAGAGCUGCAGUGGCCAGAUGAGGUGAUACGGCUAAAAGCUGGAAGAAACAGCUGGAAAGACUGGAGUCCUCAGGAAGGCAUGGAAGGCCAUGUGAUUCACCGCUGGGUGCCUUGCAGCAGAGAUCCAAGUAGUCGGUCACAUAUAGAUAAAACCAUCCUGCUGGUUCAAAUUGAAGAUAAAUAUGUUGCUGUUGUUGAAACUGGAGUCCUUGAACUUGGGGCUGAAGUGUAAAUCUCUUUGAGACUGAAACUUCCCCUUCUCCAAUGGUUCAGAAGAGAGAAGGGUCCAGAAGAAGCAGCUCCUGGGACUUGAAACUUUGGUCCGGUUGUAGGAAAGGACUUGAAACACAGAUUUGUCUAAGUCCCUUUCCCCAAAUAAACACGUGUAAGAAAAUUUUUUAAGUUGUUAGCUGCUGAAGAAACACUUGCAUGAAGGAUAGAUUUGUUGAGACAUAUCUUUUUGUUUAUAAAUUUUGUUAUGCAUUGCGUAAUGCUUUAAAUCAACAAACUUUUCAGUUCUAAGAUCAGAGCACCUCAUAUUUUUCUAAUUGUUUUGCCAAAAAUUGCCAUGUCUUGUCACAGAGUGUGUGGAAUUCAUCCACCUUAUUUUAAAGAAAUUGACUACAAACCUUCAGUUUGGUAAAACAGUGUAAGGGUUUCAGGUGUGGCAAGAAGAGACUGAACAGAUGUAUAGAUUCUUAUUCCUUAUGAGCUAAACAUUAAUGAGAACUGCACUAAUUUUUUUACAGCAAUGCACUAAAAACAACCCUGAGAUUGCUGAGAACAUUUAUUUAUAUAUAUAAAUAUAAGUAUAUAAAAUACCAUUAUUUAAAUUGCCUUUGGGAUUAAUCCCCUCCCUCUCCAUAUACAUGUUGAUGGUAAGGGCUGUGCCAUGGGUUUGGUUCUAUGUUCUGUAUUUCGUACAAGUGCAUUUGCUGCAUCCUCUUCACAAUAAAUGGUAAAAUAACAAAUACAUAGAAAAGCACCUGAGUAUCCCUGUACUACAUCAGACUUUAUUGUGGUGGCAGUGGUACCUCAAACCUGUACAACACGUCUAGCUUUAACGUGGGCCCCAGUAUAUGACCUUUCAUCUGUCCUCCCUUCACUAGCCAUAGCUGCUUGGCUUCUUUACCCAGAGCUGGCUGUGUUGUUUCAUUGGCUUUUCUCUGGCAGGCACGGUUGUUACAGUUGUGUAGGGGGAGGUGCAGGGUCCGUGAUUUCUUCAUGGAUGCUUGAAGGUUUUUUUUAUUCUAUCCAAUUUAAAAAGAAAAAAGACAACAACAACCUCCCUCCCUCCAACAACAAAAAAAGAAUGCAAGAAAACUUGACUUCUGUUUUUAAAGGUCUUUUAUAGAAGGCACAGCCCUAAACUUGUAUCACUUUUACCACCUUGCCUUUUCUUUCCCUUUAGUCUUCAUUCUUUUCUAUGACUUGAAUUUUAUUUUCUGUGGUUAUAUAUUCUAUGUAAGUGUAAUUUGAGUAUUUAUAACUGUGAAGUUGAAUUAUUCAUGUGUUACAUAUCCUAGGUUUUAUUGUAUUUUUUUAAAAGUGUGUAUUCAGGGAAACAAGUAACUCAGAACUAUCAUGGGAGUGUGAGAGGGAAACUGGUUUGUUCUUGACUUGCAAUUCCUGUGAUUCACUUUUCUUAAUCCGUAAGAAAAAAAUGUACCUGUUGUGAUUGUUUCCUGUUUCUGACCUGUAAUUACAUAGGACUCUGUGGAGAAACUGCAUACAGUCCUAGCUUUUGGGAGCAGCCAUCUUCUUCCCAGCCACCUCCACUUCUUUAUAUGUAUUGCAAGCAGAAGAGACUUCUGAUAUACCACAGAGGUUGUAGUAAUUAUUUCUCUGACAUCAGAGAAACAUUGUCCAUUACGUACCUAAUGUAAGAAUGAAAUUGUAUGGGAUAAGGAGGAAAAAAAAAAAAAGGAAGGAACAACUACCUACGAAGCAUUAGUAUUUCAACUCAAGUCACUGUAUGCCAUCUAGCCAUGAAAGGGUAAGUGUGUGCCUGGUAGCUAGUCAAUUCUAGAUACUGUUCCCAGUGAAUGAUACUGGGACCUUGCUUGUGUUGUAUUCUAUGCAAACUUGUCCUCAAAAUACUGUGCAUCUUACAGUUGCAUAUUACUAUUCAAUUUAUUCAUAUGCAGUCCCAUUCAGUCAUGGUAUAAAUGCACAGUUCUGGAUCUGCCGCAGUUAAAACUGUCGGACAACAAAAUUAUUUGUCAUAAGUACACAUUAUAGUGUAGUUGAAUUCAUCUCCUGCAUAUCGGAAAAUGUACAGUAGAUGAACCUUCUUUAGCAGUCUGGUACUGCUGUCAUCAGGAAUGAACAAAGUGUGUAAGUUUUGAAUUGAAGGUGUUUUAGUUAAGGUUUUAUUCUAUGUCCUUCCUUUCAGGUAAAUAUCCCUUUAAUUAAUUAACCCUUCAGGUUUUCUCUAAGUGUGAUAGAGAACUUCAUUUUAGAAAGAGAAGUUUGUUUGAAAAUAAGCCCCCAUUUGAUAUUAGUUGCAUGGUUGUGUUUUUUGUUGUUUUUUUUUUUUUUUCUUGUACUGAAGCCUUGAGGUAAACAAAUGACUGAAAAACAAAAUACAUAGUUGGGUUGUUGGGGUUUUUUUUAAACUUGACUGAAGCAACUUUCAGUAUGUUAACCCUGGGCUCUGAACACUCACUCUCUUUAGGGCAAGAUAAGGACAAUGUCCAUUGUUGAUAAUAGGCAUUAUAGGAAUUAAUGGCUUGUUGACGUGGAAAUUUUAGAGCAUAUGUAACUGCCUGGAAUUAGAUCAGCAAACAGCAGAUGGGGAAAGAGAGAGGCUCUUUUUUAAGGGGCAAAGAGAAUUGAUGGAUAUUUCUGGGAUUUUUUUAAAUAAUAAGGCUUUUGGUGUGUUGCCUUCAGGAGACGGAUUUUAAUGUGGCCAGCAAACAGUGACAAAAACAUGUUUGUUUUCUUUUAAUUCCCACAGGAUAGAUCUAUCUGUGGAAACCUCUAUUUUAGAUGGAGGUACUUUCAUCUUUUGCUUUCUCUUCUUGGCUUUUGUCUUGAUGUGUAAUAUUUUUCUCCUCUUUUGAGGAAAAGAUGGGUAUUCUCAAGUUAGUCCUGUCAGUCCAGAUUGAGUUUACCAUAGCAUAGUAUUUUAUAGAUCUUUCUUUCAUGAAAAUCCGUUAGAGGUGAGUGUUUUACUCUGUCCAUUUGCAUUGUGAUAUUUUCUUGCCAUAAGAACAUUCCAUUUAAGUCCCACUGUUGUAGCUUUCGAGUAGAUCCCAAUCUAUUUUCUUUUUCUCAGAUUUCUUUAAAGGUGGUAUCUAUGUGUACAUGUUAGGACUUACUUCUCCCUAAAACACUCAGUUACAGAAAAAUUCUUGAAAACCCCACCACUUAGAUCAUAUUCAUUAGUAAAAAUGGCUACUACCUGUUUUUUUAAAAACUUCUUCAUAUUUCACUUCCCUGGGAAAUCUUUUAAAAUGUUCUGAUUAAAACAAAAACCUCAAACUGUGUGACACCACUGAUGAUAUCUAAGCUUCUGUGCCACUUGCACUGUAUGAUACUAGUGAUGGAUUCUGGGGAUCUCUCUCAUGGUUCAGCAUAUGGGAAAUGGUUUCAGAGUUUUGGGAAGAUGAUGGUUAUUUUCUGAGGUAAUUCCAUGUAGGCUGAAUGGUGCUGCAGCCGCUUUGCCUGGGACAUCUGGCAUGUCUGCGUGGUGAUCUCAGUUUUCCAGUCAGGUGUGCAGUUAUCAUGAGGCAUUCCUCAUCUCUCAUGUUCACAAUGCCCUGGGGACUGAAGAACUCUGAGAAGCCUGGAUAACUGGUGAGGUGACAGAUGAGGACUUGUGGCACAGGUGCUUUGGCAAGCAGCCCUAAAGCUUUGCCUGGACUUGGGCAAGGGGGGAGAAGAGAUGCCUUACAGUUGGAUUCAGCUUUCUCUGAUAAUUCGCGCACCACCAUACGACCUAGGACUAUAGAUACAAAAACACUGCUUUAAAGAUCUUUCUCAGUUUUAGAACUCUCCAUUCACAAAAUGGAGCUGGGUAGAUUGCAUUUCUUGCCAUUAACAGUAUUAUUCAACUUAUAUUGGAUUGGGGUUGUACCACCACAGGUUUUAUGUACUUGAUUUUAUUAAGGAAUUUUAUACCUAUUAUAUAGGCAUCUGUUCUGUUCAUGUCUGGCUUGCUAUUUGAUAAUCUAAUGCAGUACAUUCAGUGACGCUGGACUCUUUCAGAAAUUAUAUUGGUAAUUCCUGGUGCCUUAGUAAAAAAGUGGGUACAUAACACCUUGGUGGAAAAGUAAAGCAUGUGACUUGUUUCACCCCAGCAUGAUAUGCAUAUUUCUAAAAAGGUGAUUAAGAUGGCUGCCCCAAAAGAUUUUGGGAAUAUACCUACAUCACUUGGUCACAAACAUCUGAAUAUGAGCAAUUUUUAUGACUUCUGGUAUGUACAGUUUGAAUAGAUAAUCCUGGUAUACUUAGGCAACAACUUUGAAAGAUGGCAAUCAAAUAGCUGGACAUAUAACUUCUUACAGACGCCCCCAAAAGCUUGACAGUAGCUGCUGGUUAGAAAAUUGAGAGGGGAGUAGAGCAUAAAUGAGAGGAUGGCUUUGUAUUUUAAUGGACAAUGAAAAUAUAUAUUGCCUCUACCAGCAAACGGUUACCUUGCCAGGGAUAGGGAUAUGUGUUCCUGCGUGUCUGUGAGUGUGUAUGUGUCUGCGUGUGUUAUUGGAAACAGCCUGUAAAUAUUGUAGCUGUUUAAAAUGGAAAAGGCAGAGAGUUUUUUGCAACAUGUUGCAGCAAAAGGACAGUAUUGACAGUGAAGAAACACUGAGAAAUAAAAAACCUUUUUUCA